AUGGCGCGCGAACCCUCGCAGGUUCUGCCCGGGGAUGCCUUCGUGGGUCCGGCAGCUGCGCCAGCGACAGGCGCAGGCUACGCACUGCCACUUCGAGGCGUUGGGGUCGGCCAUAAGCCUUUGGCGUUUGUAGGCCGGCUCGCCCUGCGGGGUGCGCAGAGCUCCGAGCGGGCCCCGACCUCCGCUGUUGGAGGAGGAAGCGCCGCCUUGGGUGCCUCUGCUGCUGCCCUGCUGCUGCUGAAGGCAGCCCACAAUGUCAGGAGGAAAGAUGCGACUCGCAGCCCGGUGCGCACGAUAGUGAAGGCAGAAGGCGAGGGAAGGAAGCUAGAGUCUUUGGAAGUUGGCGAGGAGGUCUCGGGCACCGUUACCCGCGAUGCAAGAAUCGGUGUCUACGUCGACAUCGGCGCUGAAAAGCCCGCCCUUCUUCCUCGGAACAUGGUUCCGAAGGGUCAGCAGUACGAAGCCGGUGACGUGAUAACGGGCUUGAAGAUCUGGCAGGUCGAGACGGGAGACACUCCUGCGACUCGAAAAAUCAGGGUGACUUUGGGCGAGCUGCCAACCUCCUUCUCCGAAGGUCAAAAGGUCAAGGGGAAAGUCUCCACCACGCAGAACUAUGGUGUCUUUUUUGACAUCGGCGCAUCGAGGGAUGCGCUGGCUCCGGCAAGAAGCUUGAGCAAACGGCCGGAUCAGUAUGCCAAGGGGGAGGAAGCCGAGCUGGAGGUUCUCUCCAUCGAGGGCGACAAGAUCACCGUCGGCAUCGUGGGCGUGGCCGCCGCUGCCGCCGAGCAGUCCGCUGCCACAUCCAAGGCCCUUGCGCAGCUCAAGCUAGGGCAGGACAUCGAAG